AUUUGGUUCAGCGUGCGGGGUGACAGGAAGUUGCUGCCAUGUUUAGUUGGCUGCUUUGUUGAGGAUUCCUUCUUGGUUUCCUGCAGGUUUUAGCAUAAGAGUUGCAAUGGAACCGAGCUGGAGUACGUUUUUAUUUCAGGUAAGUAACACAGCACCCAUGUUGUCUGAGAAAAUACAGCAGGCUAAUGAGGCACUACACCACCAGCACCAAUUAGCCGGGAACAGCCUCUUGCCUUUGCUUACUUCUGGAACAGAGCCGCCUGAUCAGAAACCAGUGCUGCCCAUAGUGUUGGACCAGAAACCACCAGUCAGUGCUGCAGAACUUCUUAAAGACAAUGUGGCUAGUGGGACUGGGGGAGGAGGUGGUGGUGGACCUCCACUUGCUGUGGUAAAAAAAGAGCCUAAAUCAAAGACUCCAUUCAUUUGUGGCUAUUGCAACAAGGCUUUCCGGGACAGCUACCACCUGCGGCGACACGAGUCAUGCCACACCGGCAUUAAGAUGGUUUCGCGGCCUAAGAAGACACAAACAGCUCCCACCAUGGUGCCAAUCAUAUCCACUGUAUCUCGUGAUAAUGGUGGAACCCCUUCAUACAUUACUACUGUAGCUGGUAUAUUGACUACAGCCACCACAUCAACAGCAACGGGCACGAGUAUCAUGACUCCGAUGCAACACCAACAGCAGCAGAACAUCCCUAAGAAACCCCCCAAACCUGUGAAAAAGAACCACGGCUGUGAUAUGUGUGGAAAGGCUUUUAGGGAUGUUUAUCACCUGAACCGCCACAAGCUGUCGCACUCUGAUGAGAAGCCCUUUGAGUGUCCCAUCUGCCAUCAGCGGUUCAAGAGGAAGGAUCGAAUGACAUAUCAUGCGCGCUCCCAUGAUGGUGGAGUUCACAAGCCUUAUAUUUGUUCUGUAUGUGGGAAAGGAUUCUCCAGGCCUGAUCACCUAAGCUGUCACGUCAAGCAUGUCCAUUCCUCAGAGAGGCCUUUCAAGUGCCAAGUAACGGCCUGUACAUCUGCUUUCGCUACCAAAGACCGUCUACGCUCCCACAUGAUCAGACAUGAAGGCAAAGUCACCUGUAACAUCUGUGGCAAAAUGCUAAGUGCUGCCUACAUCACAAGUCACCUCAAGACUCAUGGUCAGGCCAGCUUCAGCAACCAAUGUAACAAUAAAGGCAUAAGUGACUGGCAGUGGAACCACUCAGGGCCACGAAAAGGUGAUUUGACGGUAGGAGAGAUUUUAAAUAACUCCUUUCAAGUCCUAAUUGACAACUCUCACAAAGAUACCAACAACGUGCACAAUUCCGCCACGACAACGCCAGUCACCAACUCUGCAGCCAUUACCUCGGCCAUGCACCGUGGCGGCAAUGCCAGCAAUCCGGUCACCAUUGCCGCUCAGAUGAACAUCACCACCAGCACGGUCAACAUUACAAACCCCGUCAACCUGCAGCACCCUGUCACCAUCACGGGCCCUGUGAACCUAGCCUCUGUCAACAUCCCUACCACUGCCCACAUGAAUAUCGCCCACCCUGUGGCCAUCACCACCCCAAUGCCCAUGAAUAUCACCGGCCCACUUAACAUUGCAAUGAGGCCCAUGGAGAGCCUGCCUUUUCUAUCCCAAGUCCUGCCAUCCUCACCUCCUUGGUAGUUUGUUUUCUAGCCGCUGAGUAACUGUUGAGAAUGUAACUGCCUAAUAAUAGAUUAACCUGUCAAAUCUUAGUAAAUUGUGUUCUUCAGUGGAUGGGCAAUAUGUUCAACACUGAAGUUGGCAUACCGUCCUAAAUAAUGCAACAACACCCUACAGCCUACAUGGAUUAUGAAUUGCAUAAAUUAGUGCUAAAAUUAAUGUAACUAUUUAUGAGAGGAAGAUACUUGGGAAAACACUUGAUCCUGAUAAAAGUUAGUUAUAAACUCAAUGAUCUACAUAUCUGACAAAUGAAUUCAUCACAUUGAUGCGAAAUGUAAAUCAAAUAUUACCUCCAAAACCGUCCCUAUAAAUUUGUAAAACAAAACUCCUGUCCUGACAAAAAAAAACAAGAGUUCGACUUUCCAUGUUGAUCCUCAUAUUAGAAAACAGAGAGGAGUUGAGACCUUUAUCUAUAAAAGGGACAAAUGUGGAAGAACGAACAACUGUUAGAUUGGCUGGUGUCUAAAUGAUCAAACUCUCAUUUUUCUUUUAUCCAAACAUGUAAGCAAACAUGUAUGCCAAAGAUUUUUGAAGUAACAUGUUUCCCUUUUGAAUCAUAUAUUUCAAAAAAUUGGGAAACCAAAAUAAAUUUAAAUCAACCGCUUCCUGACAAAGGCGUCACAUUAGACGCUGUUACCGGUAGUUAGAUUAAAAUUUUGCUCCAUGUAUUUUAACCUAUGCCAUCAUCAUUGCAUCUAUCAUAGUCGACUCAAUUGUAUAUUGUUACAUUUUAGUACAGGUAGUACACUACUUUUAAUUGUAUUUUCAAACAGAUAUUCACCAGUAUGAUCAUGAAUUUGUAUUAUUAUAGUAUUAUUACAUUGUCAGCAGUUACACUUCCACCCAUUAUUUUCUCUCUUGCUUUUUAAAAAAUACAAAAGCAAGAAGUAGUUGGUAGCUUGCUCAUUGCAGCUGCAUUCCUAGUGAACACAUGGAAAAGGCAUAUCCUCUUUCCUAAUUUCUCAGUUUCUGCUAAAUCACUGAACAACAGUGUCACGGUCGUCGAAGUGCACAGUUGGAAAUAUAUGAUUUGCUGGGCAUUUGAUGUCAAAGUGUGACACCUUACUACAACAAAUCUUAUGCCAAGGUGUAUUGUCAGAGGGUGCAAAAAAUGCUUCCUAAUAAGGUUGUUUUUAGUUUUGAAAUAUUUUAGAGGACUAAUCAGUAUUUAGUAGUUAAUGUAUUUUAAGUGGAUGAAAACGGCUUUCAUUUUGGAGGGCGAUGUUGAGCAAUAUUUCCGGUUGCAUUGACGUUUCUGAUGCUGGUUAGAACAACUGUUUUAAAGCAAUUCUUCCUUUGUCUGUAUUUUUAAAUGGCUGGAAACUAGUCACUUGUCAUCACUGCUGGAAACUACACACUUAUGUGAUGUCAUCAAUUUGGAAUUAUUUUAAUGUACUGUAUAUGUGGACAUGGCAGUUAACGGUACAGCAAGAAGGGUGUUCUUUUUUUCUUCUUCUUUCAACUGAAAGCAAGUCUCCUGAGGUUUCACCCUUAAAAGACAGUAUUAUGAAAGGUCAAAUAGAAUGUUUUUUUGUUUUUGUUUUUGUUUUUUUUGUGUAUUAACUGUAGAGGUCAAUAGAUUUGCUUAGUUGCACAUGUGCAAGCCCAAAGUUGUUGGGUAGGUUAGAAUGUUUACUUCAACAGGCAUAGGAUCCAAAUUCUGCAAGUUAAACUGAUCACUGAGAUUAGUCUCUUGAAAUAUAUUAUGUCUGGUGUAAUUUUAUUGUUUUUUAAAUGUUUUUUUUGUAAAUGUAAAACACUAUUUUGUAGCCUUUUACCUGUGGAAGUGCCAGUCUGACUUUGCACCACAAGCUACAAUGUAAUAACUACGAGCAUUGAUAUGGCCAUCCAACAGCUUUUGCAAUGAUCAAUAGAUAAAGCUUUCUCCACCAAUUGCAUAAAUGUACCAGAUUCUUCCGUAAUAAAUUUAAACUCGAGGUGGCAGGGCAACAAUCCCGUUGGACAAAACAGUCUGCAUGCCUCAUGGGGUGGUGAGGAUAUCCUAUUCUGAGAUCAACGCCGUCAAAAAUGAAAGUUUUUGUUGUAAAAACACUUCUCACCAAUAUACUGUUUAUUUUGGGUUUUCCAAAGACAAUGCGACCAAAUUAUCACCAGCAUUCUUUUGAUGUGAAUUUCCUCUGUACAUCGUGAAUUUUUUUGAAACUAUUAUUUUCGGUUUGGCGUGAAACUGUUGAGGCUGUUAUCUAAAAGGAAGAUUUAUUGCUCCUGUGAAGUGGCCAGUUAGGUUUUUACCCUGAUAAUCUUUAAAGGCUAAUAGACAUGUUGCAAUUCUUCAACCUGGAGUACACAGUUUUCAAGCUGCUAGCAAGAUUUGAAUGUAGCCUCAUUUCACUCCCUUCCCUCUGAUUGGCUGGUCCUUGCACCGAAUUGUUUUUAAAAUAAUAAUCAAAAUUGGAGACUUAAGUUUGUCUCACUCAUGUCAAAGGUCAAGGGUCAGACAGCGUUUUUCAACUUGUCAACCACUGAUUUUCAAACUUUUUCUGAAAUAAAAAGCAUUGUUUGUUAAUAUCACGACAUUCAGCAAAGUCUGAGAAAAAUAUUGUUUUUGUUUCUUUUCACAAGUACACAGCAAUAGUAGCCUACCAUAUUGUCUCACAGCAUGAACUUUUCUUACAGAUGUUGGUUUCUACAUAUUUGGAGUCUCAUGUUGUGUUACCGCGUUGACACUUUGAUCCUUUAGACUACGCCCCAACAUGAGUUAUAUCCUUAUUUCUUGACCGGCUGAAUGCAGUGCAGUACUAAUUUGUUUUUAUUCCAAGCCUAAAUUAUUCUGUGGCUUUGUGUGACGUUUGGGCCAAACAAAUUUGACAAUGUAAAGCCUGUUUGAAGUUGAGGAUUUUGUUCAGUUUAGGCUCUGUGAAGCACUUGCAGCAAACAAGGAUAUGCACACUACAACACAGUGGUACUUUCAUGGGAUUUUAGUUUGUUGAAAUUAGAUAAGGGCUCUGUCUGUUGUUGCUUGCCCAGGCCACAUUUCCUUGUUUUUUGAAUGCCCAAAUGUUCUCAUUUCAUUAUGCAUCUCAACUCUGUCCCCCAAUGGAAAUGCUCUAAUGUGGAAUGGCAUUAUCAUCUUUGAAAUUUGUAUUCAUUUAAUAGCUAUUAUUUUUUAUUCACAAUGUUGCAUGUGGACUGAGUGUCUCCAUUAUAGGUUUAAGGUGAACAUUUAUUUUUUAUUUUGUUUUUUUUUAAAUAGAAGGAUUAGUGACAUAUGAAAACAAAACACAAAAAAAAAUAAUAGGGUAAAAUCGAGCAUGUGCUGUUAUAUGUCCUUCUCUAGUGGCCAUCAACAAAUGUGCCUGAAAUACUUUGCAAGACCUCUCCACACGGUGUUGUUUCCUCCCGGUCUUGUUUGAUGAAAUAUACUCUAAAAGAACCCUUUUUCAGAUGUUGACAGCUGUUUGACAACCAAACUAUGGCAUUAGCAUUUUAUUUGAGGAAACAUGAUUGUGACAAUUGUCCAGUUAAGGAAACACCUUGAAAUGGGAGUAGAAUUGAGUGAGGGUUGUGCAAGAAUGACAUUUUUAAUAACUUUGGAGGGGGCCUUUCAAAACACUUAUUUGGCCAAAUAACUGUAAUCUGUUCUUUUUUUGGGGGGGGGGGGGCUUAAUAUGGCAAAUGUUGUGAAGGCAAAUGAAUGUAUAUCUUUGUACAAACUGUUUAGAUCAGAGGACUUAGUUAUAGUUAUGACAGACACAUGCAAGAAAAAAAAUCUUUUUAUAAAAACGUUUUGUAUUAGAUCAUUAACAAGUUUUGUACAUACGAAGGUUAGGCUUUCUGAUUAGCAGAAAGGUAAAACAUUCCUACAUUUUUUUAAAUGUUGAUGGAGAAAUAUUAUGAGAACAUGCGCAAUGUUUUAUGUGCCUUUUAUUUGGUUUUGUCUAAAUAAAAGAAGUAAAACAUGAUUGUCAAGUGGCCAUGUUGAGACCUACGUUUGAUGUGUUUUGGGUGGCAAAGGUGGUUUGACGCCUAGAGCUAAGAAUUCUCCACAAUAACCGUGGAGGUGUACAUUGUGUUUACCAGCUCGCUGGCUCACAGUUGGCCUGUUUGUUACCAAAGUGCCUCUGUGAAGAUGGAUAUGGAAGGAUUGUUUGAGAGUGCGUGCCAAAAGAUGAACAAAAGUUCUUUUUCCAUUCUUUAACUAUUAAAACUUGGAAAUAUUGAA